AUGGACCAAAAACCUAUCUGCCAGAUUAUCACGCCUGUUGGCAUGUUAGGCUAUGGCUUUGACGAGAAGAUCAUCCAUCAAGAACUUACUCGCCUUACUUCGAACGGCGUACCCACAGCCAUGAUCAUGGACUCUGGGUCUACUGAUAGUGGGCCACAGAAAUUAGCCCUUGGGUCUAUGUCAUGUCCUCGCUCAGCAUAUGCUCAAGAUCUCACCAAGCUACUUCGACUUGUUCAUACGUUCCAAGUGCCACUAAUAUUUAGUUCUGCUGGCGGUGAUGGUACUGAUGAGCAUGUCCAAAUUAUGCAAGAUAUUAUCCGUGAGAUUACAGAGGAGGAGGGAAAUAGUGACUACUUCUUCAACGCCAUUUCUUUAUUUUCCAGCAUUAACAAGACAACAAUGCUCCAACGUUUCAAGCAAGGUCGUCUCACAGGAUGUGGACCUUGCGUCCCCCUCGCAGACGAAGCCGAUAUUGAAGCUUCACUCCACGUAGUAGCUCAAAUGGGCUACGAACCGUUUCUCGACGCGAUGAAUGCCAAUCCAGACUUUGACGUCAUCAUCGGUGGCAGAGCCUAUGACCCAUCCCCGUACGCUGCAUACUGUGUACACCAACUUAUGCGCCAGACGACCGAUUUGAGUGAUGAGCAACUUCAUUCCAGUUUGGGAGGGUUCCUGCACAUGGGAAAGAUCUUGGAGUGCGGAGGGCAAUGCUCCACCCCAAAGUCUCACGGAGCUGUAGCAACUAUAUACGCGACAGGGCUCUUUGAUGUGAGGCCUACUGCUCCGGAUUCAAAGUGUAGCCCUCUUUCAGUCGCUGCUCAUACGCUCUAUGAGAAUACGAGACCAGAUAUCUUGAAGGGACCUGGAGGUUCCAUACAUCUUCAAGACUCCAAAUAUGAACAAUUGUCUGAUGGGAGAUCUGUUCGUGUCAGUGGCAGCAAAUAUCGCUCUUCGGAAGAGGACGGACUGCCUUAUCAGUUUAAACUUGAAGCUGCGCGAAUCGUAGGGUAUAGAUCCAUGUUUAUGGGCAGCAUCAAAGACCAUAUCCUCAUACCCCAGAUCGAUAAGCUCCUUGCUCGUGUCAAGCUUUAUGUAGCUCAACAACACACCGAACCCACAAGCGAAUGGAAACUUGACUUUCACGUUUACGGAAAGGGUCAGUAUAGUCCCAUGGGACUUGGACAGCUCUUCAUCGUUGGCGAGGCACUUGCUUCGACUCAAAAGUUGGCAAAUAGCAUUGCUUCCAAGGCCAGAGUAGGCAUGAUUCACGCACCAUACCCUGGGCAAAAGGCUACAGCUGGUAACUUCGGGUUCGGUCUUGGCGGGCUUAUGGAGGUUGAGCUGGGCCCUUGUGCCGAAUUCUCUCUCUAUCACCUAAUGGACCUGGAGCCCGGCGAGCAGCGUUUAUUCCCAGCCAACAGCGGCAAGCUUCAGACACUCGAAGGGCCGUUGUUGCGAGGCACCAUCUACAAGAUCGGCAAGGGAUCUUCGAAGUCGAGAAACAAGAAUUUGAUUGAGAUCGAAACCACUAUUGAUCCGCAUUUGCAGGGUGCUGAACAUAUCGCACCCACUCCUGACCGACCUGCCCAGGAUCCCAAAACACUAUCAGAUCUCUGUCGAAUUCUCCGUUCCAAGAAUGCCGGUCCAUAUGAGAUUACUAUAGAUGCCAUGUUCUCGUCAAAGACCAACUACGAUAAGAUCAAAGCAUCCGGUAUUCUGUCAUCGAGUAACGUAGCAAAGGCUAUUGGGAUCACCGAGGAGGACAUAAUCUGGAUUGGUUUCUUUGAUCCCGCCAUGUCUUUCAAGGUUACAAUUCCUAGAAUCAGAAUGGGUGUACGAAAGUCGGCUGGUGGUUUCAUGGAGAACGAUAUUCAUGGUUCGCAAGAGCAUAUUGGGCUUGCUAACAUGAAGAUACCUGAAAACAACUUUAUUCGUUAG